AUGUCGAUGAUAAUAUUUUUCUUGUUUUGCUUUAUACCCAUAAGUAAUUGUGAUAUUACUUGUCGAACAACAUCAUGGUGGGUUUUGCAACCAUUUCCAAAAUCUCUAUUACAGCAAUUUCUUGAUGAAUCAAAAGUAACUCUUACAUUUAAUACAUCAAAUCCACUAGCAAGAUUUAUGCAAGAUGAUGAACAUCCUGUUUAUUUUGAGUUUAAUAAGCAAAAUGAUUGUGAAUAUACAGCAUUACCACCAAUAUUAGCUAAUAUCACUGAACAAACAUUUGUUGAAUUCAAGCUAGAAAUACCUUAUCUCAUUCAAAAUAAUAAAAACAUAAUGCUUAAACCACUUCUCUAUCAAAAUAGUUUACUGAAUGUUUUUGCCACACAUGUUGUGUAUGGUCUUCCAGCUAAUUUCGCAACUAUGAAUGCUGAUUUUGACAAGAAUACAUAUUCAAUUUCAUAUGAAAAAGGAUUAGUUGACGUUUCGUUUGAACCAUUAAUACCAAAUUUAGUACCAUUUGGAUCACCAGGAACAGCGAAUUUUUCAUCAUUUGUUGAUGCAAAUGUAUCACCUUGGCUUGCUUUUCCUUUCUUCAGCCUCUCUCAUAACACAAAAUGCGCUUCAAAUAUAUAUAAUUUUACUGCACCAGCUCUUAUUCGACCAGUUAAAAUGGUAUUGAAUAUCACCGGUAAUAUACUAGAAGCAAUUCCAAGUGGUACCUAUACAAACGAAGGAAAUCACCCAUUAGGUGCAUGGCAGAUUGAUGUACCAUCAAAAAUUACUUCGACCUAUGGCUGUGAUUAA